AUGAAACUGAAAUUCGCCCUAUUAUUCUUUACUUCGCUGCUUACACUGAGCGUUGCCAAGCUCCCUGAAGAUGCGACCGGUAUUACGACAAAGCGAAUAGACGGCCAGCCCGGAGUCUCCAUUACUUACAAAGAGACCAAAAUCUGCGAAACUAGAGCGAAAGCUUGGGCUGGAUAUGUGCACAUGCCGUCAUGGCAUCUGAGUGAGAUCCAGACCGCCGAUCCAUACAAUGUGUCCAUGUUCUUCUGGUACUUUGAGGCGCGCAACUCGCCAUCCAACGCAACCACGGGCAUCUACCUGGCUGGAGGACCUGGUGCGCCGUCUAUUAGCGAUCUUGCCUCCGGGACGGGGUCUUGCUACAUCAAGGCCGACUCCAACAGCACCGAGGACAAUCCUUGGUCCUGGAACAAUGACAUGAACAUGCUGUAUAUUGACCAGCCGGUCAGCACGGGCUACUCUUACACUGAGCGCAUUCACUCAACUCUCGACAUGCUCUUCCUGGGCAAUCCGGUGACGGAAACCGGCAUUACGCCGUUUGAGGCAUACGGCGGCUCCGUGCCUCCCGAAAACAUCACCUUUCUCCAUGGCACCUUUUCCAAGCAAAAUCCAGACAAGACGGUCAACAGCACGCUGUCUGCCGCCAAGACGCUGUGGCACUUUUCGCAAGUCUGGUUCCCGCACUUUGCGGCGUACAAUACGACCGACAAGAGAGUCGGCAUCUGGGGCAACUCGUAUGGGGGCUUCUACGUGCCCACCACGUCCUCUUACACGAUGCAGCAAAACACCAAGAUUCGCCAGGGAGCACUCAAUGGAACAAUCAUUCCAAUUGACGCUGUUGGGUGGACCAAUGGAUGUGUAGACAUGCUAUACCAGGGCGAAUGGUUUCCCGAGCAAGCCUACAACAAUACAUACGACCUACAAGUCAUCACUAAGGAUGCGUACGAGGAGGCUCUGCACAACUUUACCGAGCCGGGAGGCUGUCGGGACCAGAUCACCGAGUGUCGUCGCCUCGGCAACCUCUACGAUCCUGACCAUCUCAAUACAAACUCCAAAGUCACCGACGCCUGUGCCGAAGCCACCCUCUACUGCUUCGGCUACGUCAUGGGCGCAUACGAGGCCGCAAGCAACCGCAGCAACUUUGACAUGGCGCAUCUCAAGCCCGACCCCUUUCCUCCCUCCUACACCAACGGCUUUUUCAACCAGGCGUGGGUGCAGCAGGAACUCGGCGUCGCCGUCAACUACACCUCGUCGCUGCUCGCCAACAAUGUGCUACUCUACGCGACAGGCGACCCGGUACGCAACAGCGGGGUCGAUAUGCUGCAGUAUCUGCUCGACAGCGGCGUCAAGGUGGUGAUGAUGUACGGCGACCGCGACUAUCGCUGCCCGUGGAACGGCGCAGAGGGGCUCAGCCUGCAGCUGCAGUGGUCGGGCGGCGAUGCUUUCCGGAGCGCGGGCUACGAGCGCGUCCAGACGAGUCGGUGCGCGAGCAAGGGCGUCGUUCGGCAGCACGGGAACUUGUCGUUUGCGCGCAUCUUUGACGCUGGCCAUGAUGCCCAAGGAUACCAGCCCGAAAUCGUCUCGCAGCUCGUCAGCCGCGCCGUUGCUGGCAAAGACCUCGCGACCGGUCGACACGCGACAACUGGUCAGGGGGCCAACUACACAACUCAGGGGCCAAUCAGUAGCUUUGCAAUCAAGAACAAGCUGCCGGAGCCGCCAGCCUUCGAAUGCAGCCUGUGGAAUGUGCCGUCGUCGUGCACGCGGGAGCAGUACGAGGCUCUGGUGGCCGGCACCGCAGAGGUCAAAGACUACAUGGUGGUUCAGCCUGCGGGAGGAAGUCCGGGGUCGAUCAUUCAAGUUUUGUAA